AUGGCCACUCAAGCUUUGAGUGUUGGCGCAGAUCGAUGGACCUUGACCUUCGUGGGGCACUAUGAUUACCAGAAUCGGUCCCAUUUUGAUGGCGCAGGCGACGAUCGGCUUAGCGACCUUUUGCAGCCAGGCCUGGUGGAUGAAACAGCGAAGGAGAUCUGUGCCUAUGGCGCCAACCAGAGUGAAGAACUGAAUCCGGUUUAUGUGCGCCGGGCGCUGGUGCUCUUGUGCAUUUGCUGCUUAUCUUGUUUAGCGAAGAAGAAUAUCGGAGACGGAGGCUUCGUGUUCGCCUUUACCAGUGCAGUGCUUUGCGAACCCUUGCUACUGGCCUUGGGGCAACCUGCCGAUGUGGCUUACACCAGUGCUCACUAUGCGCAGGUGCAGCUCCUGGGCGUGCCCUUCUAUUGGCUAGCCAAUGCGGCCACAGUGGCCCUGAACUCUGCAAAGUAUACCAUGCCCAGCCUCAUCAUGAAUUUGAUUAGCUCGCCGAUGCAAGUUCUUCUUUGCUUCGUUUUCAUGCAUCCGCGUCUUCUGAAUCUGGGCUAUGCAGGUAAUGCAUUGGCCAGAUCAGUAGGCGGCGUGAUUUCUUGCAUGGUCCUCUUAUCGGUGAUCCGCUACCGCGGCCUCCAGUGCUACGUCUGGCGAUGUCAGCCCAACUCGGAGCCGGUGAUGAAGGCGCAUGCGUUCCGCAGCUACCUGGCGGUCUCGGUGCCCGCGGCGCUGGUCGUGUGGUCCGAGUGGUGGGCCUUCGAGGUCCUCUCGCUGUUGGUGGGGCGGACGCCCAAUGCUGAAAUGAAUCUUGCAGCUCAUGGCACCAUGUUCAACAUCAUUGUGGUCUUCUACAUGUCCUGGACCAGUACUUGCAUCGCUGUGUGCACGUUGGUUGGCAAUGCAUUGGGUGCAGAGGAGAACUCUCGGAUUCGGCCCUUGCUGUAUACCUCGGGCCUGUUCAGCUUGGCGACCUCCUUGCUGGUGGCUUUGGGCUAUGAGCUCUUGAAGUCCAGCUUUGCUCGACUCUUUACCGAGGAGGGCUACGCCCAGCUGAUGACCUUCUACGGAGCUUUACGCGGUGCCAAUUUUCAGAGGCCUGGCAUCCUUGGAACGCUGAUUGGCUAUUGGGUGGUUGGACUGCCAUUGGGUGCCCUACUGGGCUGCUACUGGCACUGGCCUACUCCUUUGCUUGGAGUUUGGUUUGGGAAUGCCACGGCUCUUGCAAUAGCUGCGACGUGGGUCUUGUCCGCGGUGCCUGGUAGCCCAGAGGGUCUCAAGUUGAUCGGAAGGCGAGUGUUGAGCGACAUGCUAGCGCCUCCUUUCGCACUUUGGGUUGGUUUGCCACUGUCACAAGUGUGA